AUGGUGGUCGUCAGACCCCAGCAAGAGGAGCUGAGCAAUAGGUGUGCGAGACUGCCUGUCUGGAAUGCCUUCCCUCCAUCACAAGACACCCUUCAUGAGUUGAUCGAUGAUCUCAAACAGCUGGCGUAUAGCUUGCUGGAAAUACUACAACCAUCAAGUCUCACGUCCGCCACCGCAAUAUCAAAAACAGGCCCCCCAUCCAACCAAAACAAGACCACAGGACAACUCGAAGCCUCUCACCUUGUCCGAGAAAAGCGCAAGGAGGCAGCACUCGGUCGUCAGCGAGCCCAUGCCAGAGCAGACACCUCCGAGAUGAACAUGGUCGCAAUGGAUGAUCCAACCGAUGGCCUCCGGUGGGCGUUUCAUCUCACACUCAGCGGUCUCUGGGACUCGUUUCUCCCUAGCCCUACCAGCCAGUGGAAUACACCUUUCGAACUCAUCAAGGACUGCCACGCCCCUGUCGCUACCAGCAAUGCUUUACUAGCCGAUGAAAUCGAAAAUCUCCAGAUUACUCCUCGGCACAAGGAGUCCAUCUUCUCCGAGCUACCAGAUAAUCAAGCCUCCAUUGAUGUUAUGGAGACGAACCCCUGGUACCAUGUUAUAUAUACAUACAUACUGCUCACGAGAGACCUGCAAAUGGUCCGAUUGAGAAAAUCGACAAAGACACCCUAUCAGGCUUUCCUUUCGCCGUUUCAGAAACGUCAGCGCAUAGGCGCCACGUAUAACGGAAACGCUUCUGGCUGCAAGAAAGAUCUGCUCCAUGCUAGCACCGCUGUCGUGAAAGUGUCAGCGAAUUAG